GCCGGGACAGCCCCGGGGCUCCGAUCCGGCGGGGCGACGGCCACGAGGCGAAGGGAGCAAACUCCGCGUUACCGCAUUCAGAAAGUCCUGGGGCUGUGAAGUACGUUCAUUUCUUCAAAGUGCCAGCUCAGCUGCAGGUUAGAAAACCCCACAAAGUUUUCAUGUUUUGGAAGGACUUUUAAACAAGUGCCGAAGUCUGGCUAAGCCGAGAGGUGCCAGCUCUUUGCCGGGUGACUGUGCCUGUGGAAGUGCUGGACCGAGCCCUAAUCGCUCAAAAGCACUGCCGUAAGCCCAGCUGUUAUCCCUCGUCAGCAGGGCUAAUCCAUGCCCCAGUGUAGGUUUAAGCUUGCUGUGCCAGUUUAGAGGGCUUGACUUCAAGCCACGUCCUCCUUCUGGUACCCUCUCCGCUCGCUCCGCGUCCGUCUGUCCGUACAAGCAGCGGGAGCGCUGGUGCCAAAGGGAAGAACACACAGAGCACUAUGUCACUGGCAUCCUGGUUCAGGUGGAAUGAGCCCCCAAGCCGCAUUUCCCAGAGGAGCCCCACAGAAAUGGUGGUGGAAACGCUAAUGAUGGAGCUGAGCUGGCAGAUCAAGCAGGCCGAGAAGCAGCAGCGAGAGCGGGAGAAUGAAUAUCGCAAGAUCAAGACUGGGGUGGACUACGGCUGGCUGGUCAGCUAUCCAAAGCACAGCUACGAUAUCAGCCCAGGAGAGCGGCUGCAGCUGGAGGAUAUGUGUACCAAAAUACAUCCUUCCUACUGUGGGCCUGUCAUAGUCAGAUUCCGGCAAGUUGUUGCUGAAUAUGAACCAGAAGCACAGGAAGUAUCCCGGCUCUUCCGGUCUGUCCUGCAGGAAGCUGCUGACAAGAUCAAAGAGGAGGAAGAGGCCAAGAAGCUUGCCAGGCAAUGGAACACAAAGAACAGAACCAGUCUCUCCUUAGCAACGUUUAAAUCUCGGUCCAGGAUUUCCCCGUUCAUCAGUGAUAUCAAGACCAUCUCCGAGGAUGUGGAACGGGGCACUCAGCCCACCAGAAGGGUUUGGAGCAUGCCAGAAUUUAGGAGCACCAAGGAUUUCUGACUCCAUACUGAAUAAGGUUUUUAGACAGUGAUCUUCCAAAAUCCCAGCUAACCCUUUUUUAGCUCUACUGUUUCUUCUUUCUUCCAGCUCUCUCUUCCUGCCUAUCUCUGUCUUGGAAGCUGUGUCCAUAGUAACUGCGGCUGAUGCCUGCAGUGGAUGAUACAAUUUAUUACCAAACAUGGUAGCCUUUCCUUUAAUUUAGUAGCUAUUGAGUAACCUUAAGGGCAAGGCUCACUUACUAUCUCAUUUUUAUUACUGCUCUUUUGUGGAAAAUGAAUUAGUUUUGCUAUGUCUGUCUUUCCCUUUCCCCUCCAGCCUGGAUUUAGUUAUCUAUAGAAACUUUUGGCUCAAGCUACUGAGAGCUGUUGCCUGGACCAAUCUUGCUGAAAGCAAGACAGCCACUUAAAUGAGUGAGGUUUGCAGGAUCAGGCUUGUGAGGUAAAGCUAGUAUCUGAUUUGGAACUGAACUUCCUUUUCCAACUAAUAGCCUUCCUCAGUGCUACAACAAACUUCACAGGUAACCUCAGCACUGCUCUUGAUCCACUUUUUGCUGACAGUUCACAAUCCAACCUGUGCAGAAAGAGACCCAAGAUUUUUGAGAUUAAAGACCAAUAUUAUUCCACAACAACCAGUUUAUGCAUGUUCGGGUUUCUUGGGUAUUUUCUCCUUUGUGCAGGCAGAACCCCCUGAACCUUGCACUUGCAGAGUAGACAGAAAUUGAACAACCUGCUAUGUAGAUAUACAGGUGGAUACCUCAGAGCUGAGUCAAAUGCUGUUGUGGGUCCUCAGUGCUCUGUUGCUGAGGUAAGUGCUCCACCCCACACUUCAGUAAUAAAUCAGAGGGUUGAAAUUAAUGUUUAAGGUCAAGCCUGAAAGAGUACUGAGGCAGAGUAUCCAUGUACAGAGAAGGGUUAAGAGACUCAGCAUUCAUCCCCAGGGCUCUUUGUACAGCAGCAACAGGUGAGAUCAUAUGAACAGUUUGCUGCUGUGAGUGUCUGAAGGGCUCUGGCAGAGGAGUGUUCUCAUGAGAGCUUGAAGAAGCGGGAAAAUGCCAUUAAGAAAAAGCUGACAGAGCCCUAAGUCACCAUCCACAGGGAGACCUCUUACAGGACAGCACACUGUGAAAGUCAGGGGUCCUGAAGAGAACCCAAGGGCUAGAAUGCUUUGUGGUGACCAAGGGAAGAUGGGGAAGGAAGAGAGGGAUUUGGAUGUAUGACUGGCUUUUGGGGAAUCAUCCCAGUGGGGUAUAGCCUCCUGGAGGACCCUGUAGCUUUGUUGUUCUUUUGUCCGUUUCCAGCUCUUUUCCCUGGGGAUCAUUGCAACAGCGUGGAGGUUCUACAGCCAAGAGAAAACCCUUUGAAGCUCUGCCAACUCUGUGAAGAAUUCCAGUGCAUGAAAUCUAUCCUAGAGUAGAAAUGCAUGGUUUCUUCCAGAGAUGGAGGAAGGCAGAAUAAAACAAAGAUCAAGAUCAAACCCUUAAGAGCUCUCUAAAACUGUGAGAUUCUGGCUCUUCCUUUCUUCCCUCUGGGCUAUGUAAGAUUGAAGACAAGGCUUUCUUACUAGCACCAGGCUGUAGUUUCUUGUCCCUCGGUAAACACUGCUGCCAGCAACCCUCCUAGGGACAGAUAGCAGAAGCUCACCUUGGGGCUUCCAAAUACAGCAUCCAGUUUGGGACAAACUAUUUCAACUCUAGGUCAGUGAGGGAGAGUUUAAAGCCUUCCGACAAUCAGCUUAGUAUUUUUCAGCCGUACGUCCUUGUGAAGUAACGUGAUUGUGUAUAUGAAGUAAAAACAAAGGUUUGAGAUACUUAGCAUAGCCUUAGCUGUCUAGAAGACGUAGGAUCUCUAGCAAGGGAUCAUCACAAUUUUCAGGAAAAUUCUUGGGUUUUUUUAAUAUUUGCAAGCCACUGUAUGGUACUGAAGGCCGAGAUGAUUUCAUGAAUUUCCUGCUACAGCGCUGUAGUCAUUUUAUUUGCACUUAUGUUCUAUUUGACACUUUCAGUAUUGACUGUAUUGAUGCAAUGUUUGAUGGAGUGCUGGGAGACACGGGACAUUUUGACACAUUGACAUAAAGCUCUUUGUUACAGUACAGUGUCAAUAGUGUGCUCACUCUUAAGGAAAAUCAGGAGUAAGUAACUUCCCUACACCAAUGUACAAAGCCAAGGAAAUCACCUGAAGGGUGUUUACACUAUCACAGCAGCCUAUGAUCAUGCUGUGCCCUUCAUUAACAAACUUCUAGCUAGCAGAUACCAUUCUCCUGCAAGAGCUAGCAAAGGGAGACAAAUCUGACCUUUGGUGAAAACCCUGCUUGUUAUGGAGGCCAGGCUGUGGCAGUGCUUGUGACAGCUGUUUUGUUUCAACUUACCCAGCAUUUCUAAUUCCACAACAAAAUGUAAUCCAAACUCUUAAACCGUGUCACUCUCUCUGUACUGCUUCUGCAGGUUACAUGGGCUCACAGUAGGAUCUGAUGACAAAGGGAUAUUCAGACACCAAGCUGUGAGAGUUCUAUUCUUACCCUGUGUUAUCUAGUACUCUUAAAGGGAUAGAAGUACUACCAUGUUCACCUGUAGCCAGCCAUCUGGAGACUGACUGUGACCUUCUGCAUUGUGUGUGCAGCAGCAGGUACUGAAGCAGAGCUGGAGAAGUGGUUUGGACACACGACUGCUGCACUCUGCUUGUGGUGCUCCUUUUCCUUAGGAAUGCUGUAGACUGAAUCAUAAAAGAUCCUUUGGCCAUGGCAUGUAGCAACAACUACCCACUCAUGUUUGCCUUGUCCUAAUUCCACAUUUCUGUGUGGCUAAAUUUAGUGUCUCAGUUCAAACCAGGAUUGUCCCCACGUACCGUGCUAUGGUCCAUAGCACUGUGCACACACAGUGGGCAAACAAGAUUGCUUUUGGCUGAAGCUAACCCAUAUGAUCCAGGUGGCUCACAGCUCCAUAAAGCUGGACUAAUGGUGGUCUGAAAUAAGCCCUCACAAAAAUGUAGAGUGAACAUCAGGUCAUCACUGAUAACUGUCUGACUCUACAGCUCUGCUCCUCCGGGGCUGCACAACUUGCUAGCAUAGAAAAACUAAAUAAAACAUUUCUACACAGCCCUAAUGGGACCCUCCGAUCUGUUCUUGGCACCUCCCUAGAGCUAGUCCAGUGUUUUAAUUCUUUAGGAAGAAUAAAAAAUGAACUAGCAGCACAUCACCAUUAACGUACAAGAGGGAACUGAACAAGAAUCAUCCUAAAUCCUCAAAGAUUCUCUCAGAACUGAGCAAGGAUUUUGAUAUGAGCUCAGAGCAUUGCAGUUGGCCCAAUGCUGAUAGUGUUGUGCUGCCCAAAGGAUACUGUCACACCCAGCAGAAAGGCAGUCCGAUACUUGCUAUACAUUCCAAUAAAUAAUGGCAGCAGCUCAGUUGCACUGCUGGGCUUCCAAGGGCUAACACUUCUCAGAGGCACUACUCACCUGAGGGAGGCUGUGCAGCUCUGCUUCUGGGCCUUCUACAGAGGGGCCUGGUCUGGAGGCUGUGGCAGCCAGCAGGGGUGUGCAAUGCAGGAGGUGAGGCUCCUCACCCAUGUCGGCACAUAGUUCGGGCAGCUGUCACGCCACAGGGAACUGGAGUGAGCUCUGCGGGAAAUACCUGUCCGCUGACAUUGCACUGUUUAUAUAUUUCAUCAUGGAACCUUGGAGAAUUAAAGCAAAGCUGUGGAAUAUAAACCAACUGAUUUGCACUUGUUGUCUUUAAUUAAAGAUCUCCUGAAAUAUAA